GCGUAUCUUCCCAAUCAAGCAGACGAUAUGGCUUAUAGCCGCAGAACAACUGUUACUGCUACCGUCCUCAACGAGUAUAGAGAUAUGAUAAAAAACACAACCUCUGAUCUUGAAGAUCAUCUCCAGGACGUUGAAAACAAACUUGACUCGUUCAUUCCAAAGGGAACCAAGAUGGAGCACGAAGAUAGCAUGCAGUGGAGCCGAAUACAAGAGGAAAGGAAUAGUACUCAACAGUGCCUCCGAAUCUGCGCGGACGCCCUUGAGCACAAACACGCCGAAAGACUAAAGGCCAGACUGGAAGCGAUGUCGCAGGCAGCCAAGAUGGAGGAAACAGCCGAGUGGGAGCAAUUCCAGGAAGAAAGAAAUAGCCUCAGACAGUGUCUAGCCAUUUGUGCUGAAGCAUCCGAGCAAACAAAGCAGGUGCGCUUCAACGAAUUCGAAGAUGUUCUCUCGGCUGAUGAUGCUCAUCAAGUCAUUGUCUCAACACUGGGAGAGCUCAUCUCUGCGAAGCGUAUCACAACUGGAUCUAGGUCAGCACAGUGGCUGGGGCAAAUGUCAGACGAAACUCUUCAGCAGCUUUCCCGGGAUCGCAGUCGUGUGUCUGAAGGCCCUGUGAGAGCUGAGAUGGGACCAGACAAUAAGUUUGACCAGUAUGGGCGGGGCCAUCAGCUGCGAGGAAAACAUUCUACGGUUCGCUCGGACUCCCCUACCCAGCCUUUGUAA